AUGCGCCCCGAAGUCGAGCAAGAGCUUGCUCACACUCUGCUCGUUGAGCUUCUGGCCUACCAGUUUGCCUCACCUGUAAGAUGGAUUGAGACUCAGGACGUGUUCCUCGCCGAGAGAACGGCUGAGCGUAUCGUCGAGGUUGGUCCUGCCGACACCCUCGGUGUCAUGGCCAAGCGAACCCUGGCAUCCAAGUACGAGUCCUACGAUGCCGCCAAGUCCGUUCAGCGACAAAUUCUCUGCUACAACAAGGACGCCAAAGAAAUCUACUAUGACGUUGACCCUGUUGAGGAAGAGCCUGAGCCCGCUGCCGGCUCCGGUUCACCAGCUGGUGAUGCUCCAGCUUCUGCCGCGGCUCCCGCUGCCCCUGCGGCUGCGGCUGCUCCUCCUCCUCCGAGCUCAGGUCCCGCUGCCCAGGUUCCCGAUGAACCUGUUCAAGCCACUGAUAUCGUCCGCGCUCUGAUUGCGCAAAAACUGAAGAAGCCUCUUCUCGAGGUUCCUCUAAACAAGGCCAUCAAGGACCUUGUCGGCGGCAAAUCCACACUUCAAAAUGAAAUUCUUGGUGACCUCGGCAAGGAAUUCGGGUCCACACCCGAAAAGCCUGAAGAUACCCCUCUGGACGAGCUCGGUGCCUCAAUGCAGGCCACUUUCGAUGGCAACCUUGGCAAGCAGUCUCAGUCAUUGAUUGCAAGAUUGAUUUCCUCCAAGAUGCCUGGUGGCUUCAACAUCACAGCUGCGCGCAAAUAUCUCGAGACAAGAUGGGGCUUAGGAGCCGGUCGCCAGGAUGGCGCCUUGUUGCUGGCCCUGACUAUGGAGCCCGCCGCUCGUCUUGGAUCUGAAGGCGAUGCCAAAGCUUUCCUCGACGAUGUCACUCAGAAAUAUGCUGCAAACGCUGGUGUCAGCUUAACCAGCGCGUCAUCUUCCGGUCCCGCUGGCGGUGCCGGCGCCGGCAUGAUGAUGGAUCCUGCUGCAAUUGAUGCGCUUACCAAGGAUCAGCGAGCUCUUUUCAAGCAGCAGCUUGAGCUGUUCGCUCGAUAUCUCAAGAUGGACCUUCGAUCAGGCGACAAGGCUGCCAUUGACUCACAAAAGUCCGAAAAGGUCCUCCAAGCACAACUCGACUUGUGGACUGCUGAGCAUGGGGAUUUCUAUGCCGCCGGUAUUGAGCCUGUUUUCAGCCCCCUCAAGGCUCGUACUUACGACUCUUCUUGGAACUGGGCUCGCCAGGACGCUCUCAACAUGUACUUUGACAUCAUUUUCGGCCGCCUUCAAGUGGUUGACCGCGAGAUUGUCAGCCAGUGUAUUCGCAUCAUGAACCGCUCCAACCCGAAGCUCUUGGACUUCAUGCAGUAUCACAUCGACAACUGCCCCACAGAGCGUGGAGAGACAUACAAGCUCGCCAAGGAGCUCGGGCAGCAGCUUAUUGAGAACUGCAAGGAGGUCUUGGACGUCUCUCCGGUUUACAAGGAUGUUGCUGUCCCUACUGGUCCUCGGACUACUGUCGAUGCUCGAGGCAAUCUCAACUACGAGGAAGUUCCUCGUGCCAGCUGCCGCAAGCUUGAGCACUACGUUCAGCAGAUGGCAGAGGGUGGCAAGAUCUCAGAGUAUGGUAACCGUACCAAGGUCCAGAACGAUCUCCAGCGCAUCUACAAGCUCAUCAAGCAGCAACACAAGAUGUCCAAGACAUCUCAGCUUGAAAUCAAGAGCCUGUACGGUGAUGUCCUGCGCUCCCUUGCCAUGAAUGAAAGCCAGAUCCUCUCCAAGGAGAAUAGCAAGGGCAAGAAGGGCGGUCUGCGUGGCAGCAGCCAGAACAAGGGCAAGGUUGAGACCAUUCCCUUCCUUCACCUCAAGCGCAAGACGCUGCACGGUUGGGACUACAGCAAGAAGCUUACUGCUGUUUACCUGAACUGCCUCGAGAAUAGUGCAAAGGACGGUGUGACUUACCAUGGCAAGCACGUCCUCAUGACUGGUGCAGGUGCUGGAUCCAUUGGUGCUGAAGUCCUCCAGGGUCUUAUUAGUGGUGGUGCCAAGGUUGUCGUGACUACCAGCCGAUUCUCUCGUGAGGUCACCGAGUAUUAUCAGUCCAUGUAUUCCCGAUAUGGAUCUCGCGGCUCCCAGAUUGUCGUGGUUCCUUUCAACCAGGGCAGCAAGCAAGAUGUUGAGGCGCUCGUCGAGUACAUCUAUGAUACCAAGAACGGUCUUGGCUGGGAUCUUGACUACAUUGUUCCUUUCGCUGCCAUCUCCGAGAAUGGCCGCCAGAUUGAUGCUAUUGACUCGCGCUCUGAGCUUGCUCACAGAAUCAUGCUUACCAACCUGAUCCGUCUCUUGGGCUGUGUGAAGGCUCAAAAGGCUGAUCGUGGCUUUGAGACUCGACCUGCUCAAGUUGUCCUUCCUCUCUCCCCCAACCACGGCACCUUUGGCAACGACGGUCUCUACUCCGAGUCCAAGCUUGCUCUGGAGACCCUCUUCAACCGGUGGUAUUCUGAGAGCUGGGCCAACUACCUCACCGUUUGCGGUGCCGUCAUCGGCUGGACUCGUGGAACUGGUCUCAUGUCUGGCAACAACAUUGUCGCCGAAGGUGUUGAGGCUUUUGGCGUCCGUACCUUUUCUCAGCAGGAAAUGGCUUUCAACUUGCUGGGUCUGAUGUCUCCUACCAUCGUCGACCUCUGCCAAGCUGAGCCCGUCUUCGCUGAUCUCAACGGUGGUCUGCAGUUCAUCCCCAAUCUCAACGAGGCAAUGACCAAGCUCCGCAAGGACAUCAUGGAGACUAGCGAAAUUCGCAGGGCCGUCUCCAAGGAAAGCGCCAUUGAGAACACCAUUGUCAACGGCGCCGAUUCCGAGGUCCUAUACAAGAAGAAGACUAUUGCACCCCGUGCCAACAUCAAAUUCGACUUCCCUCCCUUGCCAGACUGGAAGAAGGAGGUUGAGCCCAUCAACGACAAGCUCAAGGGCAUGGUCGACCUUGAAAAGGUUGUCGUCGUCACCGGUUUUGCUGAAGUCGGCCCUUGGGGUAACUCCCGUACUCGAUGGGAGAUGGAGGCUUACGGCGAAUUCUCUCUCGAGGGCUGCGUUGAGAUGGCUUGGAUCAUGGGCCUCAUUCGCAAUCACAACGGUAACAUCAAGGGCAAGCCUUAUUCCGGCUGGGUCGACGCCAAGUCUGGCGAACCCGUCGACGACAAGGACAUCAAGCAGAAGUACGAGAAGCACAUUUUGGAGCACUCCGGUAUCCGUCUGAUUGAGCCUGAGCUAUUCGACGGCUACGAUCCCAACCAGAAGCAGCUCCUCCACGAGGUGGUCAUUGAGGAAGAUCUCGAGCCCUUCGAGGCCUCCAAGGAGACUGCCGAGGAGUUCAAGCGUGAGCACGGCGACAAGGUUGAAAUCUUUGAGAUUCCAGACAGCGGCGAAUACAUUGUUCGCAUGCGAAAGGGUGCGUCUCUCUGGAUUCCCAAGGCGCUUCGGUUCGAUCGUCUUGUCGCUGGCCAGAUCCCAACAGGCUGGGACCCCAAGCGAUACGGUAUUCCAGAAGAUAUCAUCUCUCAGGUCGACCCUGUCACCCUCUUCCUCCUCGUAUCCACUGCUGAGGCUUUGUUGACUGCUGGUAUCACCGAUCCUUAUGAGUUCUACAAGUACGUCCACGUUUCCGAGGUGGGCAACUGUGUCGGAUCCGGCAUGGGCGGUUCUGCUGCGCUUCGAGGCAUGCACAAGGAUCGUUUCUUGGACAAGCCUCUUCAGAACGAUAUCCUUCAGGAGUCCUUCAUCAACACCAUGGCUGCCUGGGUCAACAUGUUGCUCAUGUCUUCUUCGGGCCCCAUCAAGACUCCUGUCGGUGCGUGCGCUACUGCUGUUGAAUCUAUUGAUAUUGGUUACGAGACCAUCAUGGAAGGCAAGGCUCGUGUUUGCUUCGUCGGUGGUUUCGAUGACUUUGGCGAGGAAGGUUCCUACGAAUUUGCCAACAUGAAGGCCACCAGCAACACUGUGGAUGAGUUCAAGCACGGACGAACCCCCAAGGAGAUGUCCCGUCCCACCACCACCACCCGUAACGGCUUCAUGGAGUCCCAGGGUUGCGGUAUCCAGGUCAUCAUGACUGCCCAGCUCGCCUUGGACAUGGGUGUGCCCAUUUACGGUGUUCUGGCCCUCACCACUACUGCUUCUGACAAGAUUGGCCGCUCUGUGCCUGCUCCUGGUCAGGGUGUUCUCACCACUGCUCGCGAGCAUGCUGGCAAGUUCCCCUCGCCUCUGCUGGACAUCAACUACCGCCGCCGCCAGAUUGAGCGUCGCAAGAAGCAGAUUAAGCAGUGGCAGGAAUCUGAGCUUGAGUAUAUUCACGAUGAGAUUGAUGCCAUGAAGGCUCAGGAUUCGUCGUUUGAUGACAAGGCUUAUGCUCAAGAACGGUUCCUGCACAUCGCCAAGGAGGCUGGCCGACAAGAAAAGGAGCUUCUCCGCAGCAUGGGCAACAACUUCUGGAAGAGUGAUACCAGCAUUGCACCUCUUCGUGGUGCUCUCGCUACAUGGGGCCUUACCAUUGACGAUCUUGACGUCGCCUCCUUCCACGGUACCUCGACCAAGGCCAACGACAAGAACGAGUCAUCAGUCAUUUGCCAGCAGCUGCGCCAUCUUGGUCGAUCCAAGGGCAACGCCGUCAUGGGUAUCUUCCAGAAGUAUCUCACCGGUCACCCCAAGGGUGCUGCCGGUGCCUGGAUGAUGAACGGCUGUCUCCAAGUUCUCAACAGCGGUUUGGUCCCCGGUAACCGCAACGCUGACAAUGUUGAUCCUGUCAUGGAGCAGUAUGACCUGAUUGUCUAUCCCAGCCGCUCCAUCCAAACCGAUGGAAUCAAGGCGUUCUCCGUCACCUCGUUUGGUUUCGGUCAGAAGGGUGCUCAGGCUAUUGGUAUCCACCCCAAGUACCUCUUUGCCACUCUCGACCAGAAGACCUACCAGGAGUACUGCACCAAGGUGGAGGCCCGUCAGAAGAAGGCCUACCGCUACUUCCACAACGGCCUCAUCAACAACAGUCUGUUUGUGGCCAAGUCCAAGGCUCCCUACACCGACGAGCAGCUCAGCAAGGUGCUGCUUAACCCCGACGCCCGUGUGAGCGAGGACAAGAAGUCUUCUGAGCUGAAGUACUCUGAGAACUUCAUGAAGCAGUCCGAGAAGGUCAUGAGCUCUGCCCGUGCUGCGGAAACGGAGAAGGUCAUGGAGGCUCUGGCUCACAAGGUUGCCAACAAGAACAGCAAUGUUGGUGUUGAUGUCGAGGACAUUUCAGCCGUCAACAUUGAGAAUGAGACUUUCUUGGAGCGCAACUUCACAUCCCUGGAGAUUAGCUACUGCAAGUCUGCUCCCAGCCCGCAGAGCUCGUUUGCCGGGCGCUGGAGUGCCAAGGAGGCGGUAUUCAAGUCUCUCGGUGUUGCCAGCAAGGGCGCUGGUGCUGCCAUGAAGGAGAUUGAAAUUUUCAAGGAUGACAAGGGUGCUCCCAUGGUCAAGCUCCACGGUGAAGCUGCCCUCGCUGCCAAGAAGGCUGGUGUGAAGGACAUUGCUCUGUCCAUUUCGCACUCUGACAACCAGGCCAUCGCUGUUGCGGUUGCCAACUUUUAA